AUGAUCCGGGCACUCCUCCAAGACUGCCACCUUCGGCUGCGUAAAUACAACGGGGUUUUACGCCAAGAGGUCACAAAGUGCACUGACGUCAUCGGCGAAGACGGCGUCACGCUACUUCAGCAGGAGAUCGAUAGACGAGCCAGAGAACUACGGGCAAAAAGAGAUGUUGAGCUGGCUGCUAAGCUUCGAAGUAUAAGCCACUCAUCUCCGGAAGAAAACGAAAUCCUUGCUCACAAUAUGUCCUCCAAACAGCUGACUCCUGCACAGCUGAAAUUGCUGAGUCAGGAAGCUUGCUUCAACACCACAGACGCUGAUCCGGUCAAUCUCAUUGCCACGGUCGAAUCGAUCCUCAAACAAACCGGAGAAUCGGACGAGACUGCGCAUCUCAUUCGGCAACAGGUCACCUCCUUGGUGAUGGCGCACAAACCGCGAGCGAUCAUCACCAGAGCGGAGCAGAGCGUUCUCAGGGCACUCAGGAAUGACACUAGCAUUGUAAUACUACCGGCAGACAAAGGACGUUCGACAGUCGUGCUGGAUAAGACAAACUACGUUCGGAAGGCGAACGAUCUACUGGAGGACCGACAGGCAUACCUCCCAUGUGGUGAAGAAUCGAUAAAGAAACCGGUGACUCAACUGGACAAGACGCUCGCCGACAUGCAAUCAAACAAAGCAAUAAGUAAGUCGGUACGGCUGGCCAUUAAGCCAACAGAUGCUGACCCACCACGAUUUUAUGGACUACCGAAGGUACACAAAGCCGGUCUCCCCCUCCGACCAAUUGUUUCGUUGCGCGGUGCACCAACAUAUAAUCUGGCAAAGUGGCUAUUCCGCAGCAUGAGGUCUCUCACCUCGGACUCGACCACGACCGUCUGUUCAGCGGCUCAGUUCCUGGAGCGGCUCAAAGGGAUGCGGCUAAACGAAGAUGAGGUCAUGGUGUCAUUCGACGUCACCUCUCUCUUCACUUCGAUCCCGCAUUGGCUAGCAGUCGAAACGGUUGGCGAACUGCUCGAAAGAAAGUACGACGAGACGAGCGAAAGCGUGAAAUGGAGACAUCUCAUUCAACUGUUAAAGUUCUGCCUGAAGACGUUCUUUACGUUCGGAGGGAGAGUAUAUGAACAGAUCAAGGGGACACCGAUGGGAUCACCGCUUUCGGGCUUCAUAGCAGAAGCAGUUCUACAAAAAGUGGAGACGGCAGUUUUUGAGAUCUACAGGCCAACCUUUUUGGGCUCGGUAUGUCGAUGAUACCUUUGUCCUCAUCAAGCGGGAAAUGGUUCAAGAAUUUCACAAUGCCCUGAAUUCUGUCUCCCCUGAUAUCCAGUUCACAAUGGAGGCGGAAAGCAAUAAAUAACUUCCGUUCCUGGACGUACUGGUUCAUCGGAAACCAAGUGGCCACCUUAAAACAACGGUGUAUAGGAAAGCCACCAAUACAGGCCAAACCCUCAGCUACCACAGCAAGCGCCCGUUAUCCCACAAACGCAGCUGUGUACGAACACUGUACAAAAGGGCAGAAACACACUGCAGCGAGCCAGACGACAAAAGGUUAGAAUUACGUAACCUCCAGCGCCUCUUCAUGGCGAACGGCUAUCCUCGUAACUUCAUAGAACGCAACAGGCAGCCUGGUCCAAGCCGAAGUUCGGUGACAGAACGGCCAAAAAUCUGGCGGGCGCUUCCUUACAUUGACGGCGUCUCUGAGGCGGUCUCCCGUCUGCUAAGACCACUGGGGAUUGGCAUUGCCCAUCGGCCAGAGUCAACAAUUCGAAAUCUGGUCAUGAGACCUAAGACCCCUCUGCCACGCGGCGAAACAACAAACGUCAUUUAUCGGAUCCACUGCAGGUCCUGUGAUAUGAACUAUAUUGGAGAGACCGGCAAACGACUGCACACCCGUGUUGCAGAGCAUAUGAGGGCAGUUAGGCGGAUGGACCCGUUGUCUCUAGUGGCAGAACACUGCGCAAACUCUGGACACACGUUCGCCUUCCAGAAUGCUGAAAUCCUGGGCCGGGGAAAUGACCGCAUCACGAGGGAAACAAUCGAGGCCUGGCACACUGGCGCGAACUCCAUCAACCGAAGCGUAGCGCUUCCUGAGGCUUACCAGGCCCUCCGGACGCAGCUUAGUGAACAGAAGAGUAGAGUCAGGCUGCGACAAGACAGAAACCCAAGUACGGCCGAGUCCAUGGGGGCCACACGCGCAGCUGUACUUCAACCCGAAUCUGACGAAGGUGUGAUCGUCACUACAGCCGCGUCGUCCACUUAUCUGGCAGGUGUGAGGACGAACGAUCGCAGUAACGCCAAGGGACCCGAUGACGGUGCUAUCAUCACUGCCACUCAUGCGGCAGGUGAGAACACAAGUGACUGCAGUGUGACAAAGAAGAUUGCCAGCCUAGGACGAGAGCUAAGGUCAAUGCAAACACGUGCGAUGACAGCUAGCGUCCAAACGACAGCCCCCGAAUAG